AUGUAUGAGGACAAAGAUAAUCCAUGUAGUGUCACUGGAGAAACUGAAAUAAUUUAUAGCAAGUUUGUGAAAUGUCGACAAGUAUAAAAUACACUCUGGAGAUCCUUUAAUCAGUGUGUGUGUUUAAUCUCAAAGAAAUGGCAUGAGAAUGAACUGAUAUAGAGCAGCAAGGGCAAAAACAGUCCACACAGGUUAUUUCCUCCUUUGCGCGUUUUUCGUGUAAUUUAAUGAGCCAGUGAAUUUGGUAAACAUGUGAGCGAAGCAAGCAAACGAAAGCGAGAGCGAAGGGCGCUGAUGACAUAUUAAAUUAAUUGGUAAAAGCGAGGAGAGUUUGAGCCCUCGUUCCUCGAGGCUAAGCCUCUUAGUCCCAUCGCGCGUGCUCUCUACUGUGCCCAAAAGAAAAAUAAGAGACCGCUCGCAGUCUUCUUUAAACGCGAGCUAGCUAGUGAUACAAAGGAUCAAAAUAUCAAAACUCAUAAGAAUAAAAAUAUUACAGUAGUCGAAUUCAAGUUGUCAUUUUUUCUUCAGCGUGGCUGUAAAAUAUUUGGGGUACAGUAAAACUGUUCUUUACACAGAUUUUGUUUCAGAGUUAAAAUAUCAGAGGCACCCAACGAGGAUAUAGUUCAAAACCAGUUAACAUAGCAUUGUUGAACGUAUUGUAGUCUUUAAACGGUAGAUAUAGGCAUAUUUUUAUCCCCUAAAAACUUUUCAUCUGUUCGGAUUUCCCAGCUGAAAGUCCAGUGAUCCGAAAAUUAUAGGGAUCAAAAUUUACCUUUUCGAAAAUUUCAGCCAGGAAAAGGCUCCCGAAAAUUCUAGGUGGCCUUUUUUAGGGUGAAAAUCCUUUAAAAAUGGGUAAUUAUACCAUUUUGUAGAUGUUCGGAAAUCCUAGGAGAGGCAGGCAAGCGAGUAAUUUUACAACAAAUGUUUCGAAAAUUCUAGAUCUCAAAUCGUCUUCCGAACAGAUAUUUCCGAAAAUUGCCGUUGGGUGCCCCUGAAAUAUUCCUGUUUGCCGGCGUAAAUUUGCUUAAGUUUUCAGCAAAGGGUCCAAAAUUUGUGCGAAUUAAACAUAGUAAUAAAAAAAUCGGAAAUUGAUUCAAGGGUGACAAUUGCCCAUGGGCAUUUAUCGGGCAAUGUGAUUUUUUUGAGUAGAUUCAUGGAGAUGCCCCUUUGUGGUCAGGAGCAGAUUUAUGCACGAGCAAAAGAAGCAAAAGCUGAUUUUACUGCUUGGAACUGAGUGAGCCAUUAAACGCCCGAAAUUGAAAUGUCGGUAAUUAUCAGAAACUUAAGUGUAAAUUACGUAGCUGGCGAUUAUACCCUCUUUUCUAUUAUUUUAUGUUUCCUCAGGGUUGUUCCUUGCCGACAUUUUAUAUAUUUUGUUCCUGUACCCCUCCGCGGGGAGGGAGUAUGACUGUUUCCCCCCUCCAGAAGAAAAAUUCAAACGCCUGUUUGCGCGCAGGUCACUGUAAAUGCGAUUUCAUAAUUUUUAACUAAACACCCACUCCUAAAACCAACUGAGAGUUGUCGUCAGCAAGGUUAAAUCCUGCCCUUCCCUGCCUUACCAAUUAGAUCGUACAGCGGUUUCCUUAUGUAGCAUGCGCAUGAAGUUACAAUGACGUCACCCUUAUGUCCCUAAGCUCACUCUGUGAUUGGUUGUUUCAAACUAAGACCUUCAAGGCGGUUUGAUUCAAGAAUAUUGUUGUCCGACAUAUUGAUUUUCGAGCUGUUGUUCGGAAACAUUUUCGUGAUUUUCCAUGGUGAAGAACAUCUGUUUGCAGUGACCAUGAAGCCAGCGUAAGUAAGAAUCACAUUUUGUGGAUUGAUGUUGACAUUCAAAAGUAAACUAACUUGCAUCUUUCGUUUAGUCCGAAAACCCCUUCUUCGACGAAGACCCCGCGCGGUGGCAAGACACCUAGAAGACCGGCGGUCAACAAGUUGAAGGAUCCCGUGGAGGUAUAGAAGCAAGAAGAUAUCGUUAUUUUUCAUAGGUCACAGGUUUCAAUUUUAUAGAGUCGGUUUCAGUAGAUGAGUUGUCAAGCGGCUUAUAGCUUAACUAGGUGGUCUUACAGAGUGUUGAUUUUAAUUUAUUUUGUGGUACAACCUACACUGCAUUUUUAAGUUUAUACAUGAUGUAUGUUAGAUGCAUAUAAGCCUAAGCCUUUAAUUAUGUUUUUCACACGAAAAGGCAUCCUGAAAUACUAUUAUUAUAUUACAACUAAGGCAAAUAAAUCGGAACAGAUUGGUUUUCCAGUUUAGCAGUGUUUUGAUCCCUGAAACGAUCCCAGAAUCAACAUAUCGGGUUUCUGUUUUGUUCUACUAAAAUUUGUCAGGAACGUUGCUCUUUUUCCAGCCCGGCAUUUAUUGGUAAUACACUUCGACUUCAUCACACCAAAAGUCGAUAAGUAAUGUAAAUGAUGACCAUAUGUCAUCUUAUGAGGAGGUGAUUUGGAAGUCGUAUUUGGCCUGGUAUGUGUUUGUAAAUUUCUCAUGGCCUCUUCACUGCAUGCAUUUUUGUGAAGGAUAAAACAAUGCUGAUUUUUGACGUUACAGGUUUAUUGCCGAAUUCGACCUCUUGGAGACAAUGAAGAAGAGUCUUGUGUACAAAUCAUUAGUGACACGAUAUUACAACUCACCGCACCAAAGGUAUUUUUUUGUUUAAUUAUUUUAAAAGAGUAUUUCGCAGGAGUCAGAGUCGCAAUCAGAAGCAUAUAACUUUAUGAUCUAGUGAAAACAGAAUUCUGUUUCGACUGAUUCCGCUUAAAAACUCUGUCAUUUACGUUCAAGAGAAAACUGGGUUGUCGGAGUCGCAAGCAGAAGCAGAAGAACUAAACCAAUCACAAACCACAGGAACGUGCAUUGUGAUUGGUUUAUCCUUCUGCUUCUGCUUUGGACUCCGACAGUGUGGUUUUCACUAGAUCUUAAGUGGAACAUUAGAGAAGGAAUUGGAAGCGGAGUCGCAAGAAAAUGGAAAUGUUUGAUUCUUCUGACUCCAAUUCAUCGCGAAAAUGAAAUAAAAUAAAGACAAUUAAUAAAGCAUCUAUAGCUGUUGAGUCUAGGGAAGUCCUGCUUGACCCUUCUCUAUUUCUAGAUCCCUGUCCUUAACAUCGAAGUUCCUCCUUCUCGGGGUUCUCGAUCCCCUUAGGCAUAGCAGCGCGCUCCGCAAAUUUGCAAAGGACACUUUCGCCCUGACCCAUGAAAUUGUUGUGGCGUAGCUCUCUUGCUUUUUUGCAGAUAAUAGCUCAGCUAAUCUUGAGUGGUAUCUUGGGCAUUCGUCAGCCAUCCCUCCGGUCGUUAUAAAUACUAGUGGGGUGAAUGUGCCUUGCUCUAUUUCUGUGACGCAGGAGUUGUAUUUUCGCUUCUUUUCAUUUUCAUGAAUCCUGUAGAUUUGCUUAGGGCUAAGAUCUCUAUACGAGUGUGCAUUGGGAUGACACACCCUUAUAUUGAAAAAUGCAGCCCUCUGUCGCUCCCAGAAACCCCGUACAGUGGAUGUCAAGGCGUGCAUCAGUGGCUUGGUUAGUCCCUCUGGCAAGCUCUUCGCCCGUAUUAUUUUUAUUAUCAUUAUUAUUAUUAUUAUUAUUAUUAUUAUUAUUAUUAUAAGCCAGUGUACUUUAAUACUGUGCUUGACUUGCUUGUUUUGUCAACUUUAAUACUUUUUUUUUUUUAAAUAUUUUGUUGAUUCUAUAAAGCACACUUGUCUUAAUUUAACAUAGUAAGCAUGUUGGAAAAAAAAGGUGCGCCAUGAAACCCAAAAAAUUGGUGUCACAUCACACUCCCCAAAGUGGCCACCUCUCUUCAAGGACCACUUAUCUCCAUCCCCAAGGAGAUUGUUCAUGGCGGCCCUUGGCUAAUAAAUAUAACAGUUCUUUGUCAAGUCAAAUGUAAGGCUCAAGAUAAUGUAAAUGCCUUGUUUUGCAGAAUUCAGCGGGAUACAAAUCUGGCCACAGACUAGAGGUAAUUAAUGUGACCUAACUUAUGUAAUAACUUUCUACAACUUGGAGCAGGCUGCUGUAUGUGGCGUUUGAUGGCUAAGUGUUUGAUCGUAUUCUGAUAUUUUUUUCUUACAGUUGGUCAGCCUACUUGAUAAGUGUAUUACAAUACUAAAUUAAAACAACAUUUAUUGCCCUUAAACUCACGUUACAUUUUUCCUCUCAAAUGUUCUGGCAGACUCAGCAUACCUUCCAAAAGGUUUAUGAUGAAAAAACAACCCAGAAGCAGCUGUUUGACAAUGUAGCAAUGCCUUUAGUUGAUGAUGUUGUCCAUGGGAAAAAUGGUAAGGAGUUUUUUACUUCUGAUCUCCAAAAUAAUCAUUUAUUAAUAAACAUAUCUGUCUGAUUUCGUUAAAAGGUGGCCACUGGGUUUUCGCCUCCAGGCCAGUCCGGUGCCCAAAAAUGUAGGGCGCUUGACGUCUUGGUUGGUACAGCUUGAUAGCCCAGGGACUGCCCUAACAGUGGGUGGGUGGGUGGAUCAGGCCUUGGGGUCAAAACAAGUGGGGUAGGGAGGGGGCUGUUUUGACACAAUCCCUUCAGUAAGCAACAGUGUUCAGUGCAGGCUUUGACGGGCGAGUACCUUGGUCUUAAUUUGCCCCAGCCCGCUGAAUUAGGCCUCUGCUGAGAAUGAUUAUCAUGAUAAUUGCAGAGCUCAGUGGGAGGUGCAGACAUUCACCCACUGUCCUGGGUGGGGAGGGUUAAAGUCUUGGUAUCAAGGACGCACUUAGCAUAGUACCUUUAGACACUCACUGAAGCCAUGUUUUCAUAAAUCCAGUCAGAUAUCAAUUAAAGUUUAUAUCUAAUAUGAACUUGAAACUUUGCUACAGCUGUAAUACUGUAUGUAGUUGGCUCUUCUAUAUUUUUUACUCACAGGCUUAGUAUUUGCAUAUGGCAUUACUGGCUCUGGAAAGACACACACUAUGACUGGGACACCAAGUGACAGCGGCUUGCUUCCAAGAUGUUUAGAUGUUAUCUUUAACUCUAUUGGAGAGCUGCAAGCACCUAAAUAUGUAAGUUUUGAACCAGCUAUAUUCGGUGAGGUUACCAGGAACUGGUUACCAGUUAAUAAAUGUAUUGGACCAGCUUUAAGAACAUUUUGAAGACCAGCUGGAGUAAACAGUGAGGCUUUCCAGCUUGCCAAAAAUUCUUUUUGAACAAAAAACUGUGCAAAGAAUGACUUGCACAUGCCAUAGCUUGCACAGAUGACAACACAACACACAAUCACUUACCUUGUUAACAAAUUCAAAAGUUGUUCUUUUUAGAUUACAGUAUAAAACUCGUGGUAAAAAGUUCAACAACAGCAACAACAUUUAUUGAGCCGUUACACACACGAGAGAUGAAAUUUACAUCCAAUAAAAAUAAAAGCUAAAAGUGGAGUUGGCUUCCUAAAAUAACUAAUAAGUAGCAAGUGAGUUUUGAGUGCACUUGGGGGGAUUGCUAAGCUCAAAAGAACUAGAGGUUUUAGCUUGUUGAUGUCACCAGCAUGCUCAAUGGGGAUAUGAGAGCAUGCUCAUGCUAUUGAAUUUCUUCAGGCGAAUGUCCUUGCUGUUAUAAAAUUAAUCAUGUUUGCUGGCUUCUCAACAUUUAUGUGUAAGACAAAGUUUAAUAAUGACAUUUAAGAUUUUGGCCUUUGCCGCCUGCUAAAAACAGUCUGGUUAAUAUUCUGCCUACUGUUGUAGGCAGGAUGACGUGGCUGUAUUUGUUACAAUUAUGUUGUCUUUAAAUUCCUCCUGCAAGGUUUUCAAACCGGACAAAACAAAUGGUAUUGAAAUACAGACUGAACUUGAAGCUAAGCUGGAAAGAGAAAGGCGUGAAAAAGAAGCUGCAUUGCAGGCCCCACCUCCAAUGCCAGGAUCAAGAAAUAGGUACAAUAAAUAGUAAAAUUAUUGUCAAAGUUUUUUUUUGUCUUGUCCUGGGCCCUGUUGUUCAAAUGUUAGGCAACAACCUUGACCUUUUGACCAACUGGCAACCUAAACUCAAUUUCAGUUUGUUUGUCUGACGUGGUGGCUUAGCCAGAUAUCAGUCCUUUUAAGAAACAAUUUACAGCUGCUGUGUGCGCCAAAAUAGUAGUAAAAAGCUGGUAGAUCAAGUUUGAAAUAGACAUCUGUACGUACAAGCCUAUUCAUAUAUAACUAGUGAAUUAACAAAGUUUGUGUGGGGUAUAAUUGAGUUGCUUUAGAUUUUGUAUUUUGUUUUUGCUUUCAGAAAUGCUGAUAAUGAUUUUGCUGAUGUAAUAAGAGUCCCUGAAACAGGGAUUGUCAAUGACGUGAGUGAAUGAACUUUUUGGGUAGUUGUUCUAACAUGUAGUUUUGGAUUAACUUUCUUUCUAAUUAUUUGAAUGCAGGUGGAUGAAGACAACAGCUAUGCAGUGUUUGUCUCUUAUUUUGAAAUUUAUAACAAUUAUGUUUAUGAUCUUCUUGAUGAGACUCCAGUGGACCCCAUCUGUCCAAAGUAAGUCCAUAAAAAAGUUUGGAUAGUUUUAAAUGUUGCAGAAAGUUUGUCAAGAGUCUUAUUUGUCAAGUUAUAAGUCAGGUAUGGGUUAGGCACAGAGGAUAGAGUUUGGGUUAGCCCAACUUGAACUAAUCAUGGUUUACAUUUGGUUCUUGAAAUGUUGUAAUAAUAACAUAAUAAUGACACUUAUUUAUACUGCACAAAUUCAGCUAUACAGUUUUCAAUUAAAAAUUACACGAAUGAAUAAUUAUCUAGUCUAUAAAUUACAACAUUAUAUCAGAAAAAGCUUUUUUAAAAAGGUGAGUCUUCAAAUUACGUUUAAAAACUUCAAAAUCGGAGGUGCAUCUAAGAUCUAAUGGAAGAUUAUUCCACAGUUUUGGUGCAGCGGCUACAAAGGCUCCAGUCACCAAGAGUAGGGAGAGUCCUAAAGUUUGGAUUUGAAAGCAGUUAUUUGUUAUUUGAUCUGAGGCUAUAGGAAGAAUUAGGUUUAAAGUUAAUGAGAGAUGAUAAAUAAUUACAAGGUGUUCCAUGGAUUGCUUUGUGAGUGAUUAUAAUAAUCUUAAAUUCCAUUCUAAAUGUUACAGGCAGCCAGUGUAAUUUGUAUAAUAUUGGUGUGAUAUGGCAAUACCUUGGUGCUAGAUAUAGAACUCUUGCAGCUGCCUUUCGAACAGGAGUUUUUUGAAGAAAUCGCUUAAGGGAGUAUGCUACAGUUUAGUGAGGGCGCAGUGGGGUAGUCCGUAUAAAAGUGAGUUACAAUAGUCCAAUCUGCUUGUGAUGAAAGCGUGGACUAAUUUCUCGGCAGAUUCUAUGCUUAGAUAAUUUUCUGAUGCGUCUAAUAUUGUGUAGAUGAAAAAAAGUACUCCUACAAGUUUUGGUUAUGCUAAAAUUCAGGUUGAAAUGGCAGUCAAACCAGGCCCCUAAGUUUCCAAGGGGUUCCAUGCUGGGAGAGAUGAUGGAUUCGCCAAUAGUUAGAGUAGCGCUUUUAGUUUUCUGUAGCUGUGCCUUCGUCCCAAUGAGCAUAAACUCAGUCUUAGAAUCAUUGAUCAUGAGUUUGUCAUUGAUCAUCCAGCUACGGAUGUCACAGAGGCACGCUUUCAUUGCUGCAAUGGUGGCGUCUUGAUCGGGAUCAUUGUUUGGAUUGAAUGCCAAAUAGAUACUGGUAUCAUCAGCGUAACUGUGCGCUGUUUGCAAGUGCUGGCUAAUGACAUAAAAAAGCUCACUAGUGUAAAGGGAGAACAGCAUUGAGCUGAGACAGGACCCUGUGGCACACCAAACUUCGGAUCAAAACCGUCUGACUUUGCACUGCCGAUUACAAUACGCUGGGAUCUAUUCGACAGAUAGGAUUUGAACCACGUUACUGCUUGAUCUUUAAUUCCAAAUUUGUAUUCCAGGCGCCGCAUGCAGUAAUAUAUCAUGGUCUACUGUAUCAAAGGCAGUGCUUAGAUCUAGGAACAGUAGUAAUGUGACUUGUUGUUUGUUCAUGCUGACAAGUAUGUCGUUGCGCAUGUGCAGUAAGGCAGUCUCCGUGCUGUGAUAUUUACGAUUGGCUGAUUGAACUUCUGGAAACAUCUGAUUGAAUGACACGUGAUCAGAGAUUUGUAGUGCAGCUGCCUUUUCAGUGAUCUCUGAAAGGAAUGUGAGAUUGCUGACAGGCCGAUAGUUUUUCUUUAUCAAAUCCACGUUGACUCUCUCUAACUUUGGUCUCAGUAAACCCUCUUUCCACAUGUAGUUUGUAGUUACUCAGAGGUACCAGUUAGUCUUAAGUGAACAUCAGUAGUAACUUGUCUGAUAUGGCAAGAGAAACUUUCUUUUUCAUUUGUAAACAUAAAUAGUUUAAUUUUUCAAAGCAUUGGUAGUGGUUAUCAGACCAAUCUACCUGUAAACAAUAAACACAUCCUGUUGUAAGCCCCUCUAUUGCUUGUAUUAAAAUUGAUUUAUUAUAGUACUUUGAGCUCAACUAAAACUGGUAAAUUCAAAAUCUCUUUUUAUCAGCACUGAUAUAGCUUGUUUCUAAGCGAUUUUCCUUUCCAUUUAUAAGCCCACUUAAUCUUUUGUAUUUAAACCCCUCCAUGUAUAAGCCCUCCUAAAACCUCUUACAAAGGUUUAACGUGUAAGUCGCACAUGGAGAUUGGGUGCCUAGGAACCUGGAGGCUGGAGCUGCCGACCCCUAACCUAGGUAGCAUGAACACCCCAAAAGCGUGCCCUACUUGCAACCUAGCCAUGAGCCCCCGCCUACCUCCUGAAGGACCUCUUGGCUGACCCAGCCUGAAGUGAUGUUCUGCUUGGAACUGAGAAAACUGUAAUGGAGACACUAAAUGUACAAGUGUUAAAGAUGAAAAUGAGUGGACAGGAACAGACAUGUCAGGAGAAUCUACAGAACUAGAACAAAACAAAGGCGCUAAGCAAUGCAGUCCACAAGGCUGGUCAGGGCGAACAGGAACGUUAUACUGUUUACAGGAAUCACUGUAGACGGCUGAACCCCUUCAGUACCUCCCCGCUGCAGGGGAGAGGGAGCGAGACAAUUGGUGCCAAAGGAAUGAAAUGGGCAGCAUACCCUCAGAUGGUCUCUGUCACAUGAGCUGCAGAUGUGGCAGAAGUGGCAGUCCCCAAAAUGUCAUAGGCACCGACCUCUGUUUCAUGAGAUAGUCAUACAUUAAAAGGGAAGGGCACUGUUUCCCCGGUGAGCUGCCACUGGUGUGGAUGGGCAGGAGGAUGACAGCCAUGAGGUGGGGAAAGCUGGUGAGCGCAAGUGAAAAUUUUAUAGGUCCAAAUUCAUCCUGGAUCAGUCAGAUGCACCAGUUGCGGCAGCAUCCCUCCCAAGGGCAAGGUCAUACUCUAGCCAUGCACGACCACAUUAUUGGCAGUUUGAAUGAUCAGCAACUUGUAUUUGGUCAGAUCUGACCAGUGAUGGGGAUGGGAAGCACAGAUCACCAUUUGGGAGAUGGUAAGAGCCUCAGUAUAAGUAAGGCUGUCGUCUACUUCAACCAGCUGACGCUUUUUGGAGACCAAUAACUUGCCAUCCAGAAAUGACUCGGGCUCCUGGUCAACAGCAUUGAGAUUUGCCAACAAUAAGCCUGCUAACUCCACAAAGUUGGCGCUAGUAAUUUUUCACCAGUUUCUCAGGAAAGGGCGCAUGACCGGGGCCCACUACAAGUGCCUUGUCGCACAGUGAGGCCAAACUGUCGCUGCCAAAAAGAGGCUGGAAGCAUGUGAUACCAUAAUUGGAGCAGUGAUCGAUUGAGCAAGGCCGUCCAAGCAAGAGCUGUUGAUGGUGAAAGUGGUGGUGAACAUAGACACAAAUGGAGGUAGUCUCAACGUACCUGAAGUGGAGGCAAGUGAGCUGGCAGCAACCAUUACUGAGCUGGAAACAACACUGAGGAAAAGGAGCUGCACUGGAAACCAGAGGCGCAUGGUUGUCUGCACAAAGGGUUGAGACGAAAGUCAUUAAAGAAUGUUGAAGUGCAUGGGCCACCAUGACCGUGAUCUUGUUUGGAAGUGAAUUUGAUGCUCCCGAUGAAGCCGUUGUGACUGCCACUGAAUCCCCAGAUGAUGGAGGAGUUGACUUAGAAAAAAUUGGCAACAAACCUGCCAACAAGCUAUUGGAUGUAGAUCACAAGGUGGACCACUGAAAACUUGGAAAAAACCACAAACAAAUGGGCCAACCCACGAGUACCACAUGACAGCACAAUGUGGCGAUAAAAACAGUAAAGAACUCCAAACUGAAUAAGACACCCUACAAACUCUGAGAAAAAAAAAGAAAACUGAGCAAGACGCCCCGAACACGAGGCAAUGUAAAACCACAAGCACAUGUAAAUGUACACACAUAAAUUACAACAGUAAACUGCUGACCCAGGGGGCACUGGAAAUUGCCCCGCAACAGGCCCAGUUCAGUAACGUAAACCCUGGCAAAAACACCAUAAUAUAGGAUAACUGCCACCUCGCCAAAUAAAACGCUAACAAAUGCAAACCCCAUGCUCAUGCCAAGCCAACUAAGUUAAAUAAGUGUAUUAUCUUAACCUCAUUUUAAAGUUCAGGGCUUAUAAUUGGCAGUUUACUCUUGAAAAAUUUCAGCAUUUCAGCAUUUCUUUCAAUUUGACCUGUUUUUCACCACCCACUAAAGCUAUACCACAGGUUCUUUGGAACCUGCCCCUUUAUUCUUUACUAUGUUACUCAAAGUGUCUUGGUAUUAAUUCACAGACCACCAGCAUCAAAAAAUCUGAGAGAAGAUAAUAAUCGCAAUAUGUAUGUUAGUGGGGUAACAGAGGUUGAAGUCAAAAGUACAGAAGAAGCUUACAGUAUCUUUUGGAAAGGUGAAAGGAUAAUAUUAUUGUUUUAUUUCAUGAAAUGAUUUGUGCAAAUUUCAAAAGUUGGCAUCAAUUUACAGUAAGUUACCUUAAAUUUUUUGUUCCUGUUAAAUAUUAUAAUUUUCAGGUUGGAGUCUUUAUUUUCAUGCCUUAUUUUCUAUUACUGUGUUUCAAUGAUGUCAUGUGUGCUGAAGGUGGGGAGAAUUUGUGUUUCUUUGACUGUUUAAAUUGGGUUUACUUCUCUCACCUGAAACUCUACUCCCUCCUUCACACUAAUAUAUUUCACUGGACAAGAAAUUUAUCUUCAAAUUCACAUUUAAUUUAAUUUCUAUAAUAAGAUGCACUCUAAAAAUUCAGAAGCAUAUGCUUCUGAUAAAAUGAAUUAAAUACCUCACUAGGUCAACUGUAAGUACUUAAAAGCAUUGACUUUCCUCUUGCUAGUACUUAUAAAUGCUAGACUGUUCUACACAACUCUAGAUCUGUCCACUAAUUAUUAGUAGGAGAGUAAAAAAUGAUACUGACUUUUAUUCCAAUGCAUGUAGACAGAAGUUACCAGUAGGUGAGAAAAGUGUUCCAAUAGACUGUAAAUAGUACAUUUUCUGUCACAUCUUAUGGUGUAUGUCAGGGUUGUCAUUAAGAGCCGGGGGCCGGGGAUUUUCCCAGGCUACUAAGAGAGUAGCCCCCGGCUACUUUUAUCGGAAAAUAGAAGAAAAAUAGAACCAAAAGAAAUCCCUGGCCAUUUGAUUCCCCGCCUACUUGUUGUAUUUACCCGGCAACUUGAAAUCUUGGUGACAACCCUGACAUUAUGUACUUAUUAUUUUGAACUUUGGAUACAGGCCAGAAGAAGAGACGUGUUGCUAAUACAGUACUGAAUCGAGAGUCAAGCAGAAGUCAUAGUGUUUUUGCUGUCAAAUUGGUGCAAGCUCCUUUGGAUCCAGAUGGAGAAGAGGUCUUACAAGUAAGUUUUUCAGCAUCCAUAUCUAAUUCAACUAUUUGAAUUGAACAAUAUUAGACAAUGUUGCUAAUAUGAUAAAGAGAAGAGGGCACCUAUUUUGUUUGGAAGAUUGUUUGUCUGGUUUGUUCACGGUGAUUUCCAGUUCAAGGAGAAAUCUUCAGCCUGUGGUCUUGAUAUAAUGAUUAACAGCCUUGGAUUCAGAUCACAUUUGUGGGGUGCUUACGUUUGGGUGGUAAUAUAGGUGGGUGGUAGUUCUAUGAAAGAAACUUUGUAAUCCUUUGUCUUUGUAUUGGUUCCAUCCAUUUAGGAUAAAGACCAGAUUGCGGUUAGUACUCUGUCAUUAUGUGAUCUGGCAGGGUCAGAAAGAACCAACAGAACAAGAGCUGGUGGAGACAGACUCAGAGAAGCAGGUACUUUACUUUGCAGCAAGUGAAAUCACAUCAAAUCACCUUCAGUAGAUUAUUUUUUUAUCUCUUGCCUUUCCCAUUCUUUCAUAGGUAAUAUCAAUGCAUCCUUAAUGACAUUAAGAACAUGUAUGGAGGUUCUGAGAGAAAAUCAGGGAAAUGUACAAAAUGGUAUUUCGCCAAAGGUUUGUAUGUACAAACGUAUGGCUUUUAUUUGUCUUGCCAUGGUGGCAGCUGCUUAUGAUAGUAGAAUAGGAUGGCCCAAUGAUUUUUCGCUCAAAAAGUAGAAGGACAUUUCAUAAUUUUAUUGUUUUCUUUGUUUUCAGAUUGUUCCUUACAGGGACUCCAAACUGACACAUCUUUUUAAGAAUUUUUUUGAUGGAGAAGGGAAGGUGAGAUUUAAAGAUGUGCACUCACUAAUUUUACUGCAGUUUGAAGUUAUUGACCAAGUGUGUAACUUUUUCAGGUUCGGAUGGUUGUUUGUUUAAACCCAAAUGCAGAUGAUUAUGACGAGAGUGUGGUGAGUAUGAAAUAAAGAUAGAUGGUAGAUUUUAAGCUCAGUAAAUGAAUUUGAAAGAUGCAAUAAUCAGCAUAUUGCAAAUUGGGACAGAAAAAAAGAAAUCUUACAUGUAAGUCUCUGACAGGAUUCAAACCUAUGACCCUCUGAACAGUCCCCUUAGCUACCGUGAAAUUCAUGGAGAUUAAGGCAACAUACCAGGAUCAUGAAAAAUGUUUUGUAAACAUUGUAUAUUCAAUUACCUGAAAAAUAGCUUGUUUUGUACCCGCUAAUGUACUUUUUUCGAUAUCCCUUUUUAGCAUGUCAUGAAAUUUGCUGAGGUUACCCAAGACGUUGUUAUAGCCAGACCUCAGUCUGUCAGGUACUAUGUGUAAAAAUAUAAAUUGUCUCUAAUUACCAGAAUUAUGACACAGCAUAAAGUUCAGUGGAAAGGAUAACUUUCAAACAACAAUAAAUCAUUGCCUUUUUGUCUGAUGUUCAUUCAAACCCCUAUCAAUUUUCAAAUAACUAAAGACGAAUAAAUUACGUAAAAUUUCAUACUUAUUAUAAAAUGUAUGUUUGCCAAUAUGUAUCAAAGUCAAAACUAAUAAAACUCUGCUGUUGUUUCGGAACAGAUUUGACACUGGUCUGACACCCGGAAGAAGGAGAGGUACGCAAGAGAUCUUUUGGGUUUCAAUAUGAUUGUACAAAAAAGGUCUCAUUAGCAUAAAAUUCGUUGAGUUUGUUUGGCCAAAUCAAUUCUCUUUCCCAAAUUUUUUUGUGAAACCUAGAUUAUCCCGUCAAUAUAAAAAAGGCAAGUGAUAUAAAAAUUACAAAACACUCACUCGUUACCAUAACUUAUAAAAUAACACUCACAAAAUUACCGGCUAAAGUUUCUGUUACAGAAUUAUGUGAAGAGGUCAAAAUACUGGAGUUGUGAAGCAUCUUCAUCAAAGAUGAUUGGCUAAACACUCCUUAAAUCCAUUACAGUUGUGACCAAAAACAUGUAAAAAGACUAUUUCAAAAUACAGCAUGUGGAAAUGGGCAGAAGCGUGCAAAGAGAAAAUUCACCUCAACAAACAUCUGAAAAUCAUGAGACAUGCAAAUACCCCAAGUACUAAAAAUACCCAAAUUUAAAAUAAAAGAUGUCUACUGCAUGAUUUCAUUGGAAAGCAUGAGAAAACUAGCCGCAAACUGUGCUGCAAAUAAAGGUAAAAAUGACUUGUCAUUUCCCUCAGAAAAAGGCCAGGGUAAUGUUAAAACUGUAACUUAAAUAUCUUGCAUUGUAAGGUGUAAACAUAUUUGAACGUGUAAGAACAAAUCAAAUACGCAUCGAUCCCUGUUUCUCACCUUAACACCAUUCACUCUUUCCACAAAACAAUAAUUUGAUUAAAUUUCUUCUCUUUUUUUCAUAGCGAAUCAAAUGUACAAGGAAGUUCUUGCUCAUGUUGAGGAGAAUGGCAAUAAAGGUAAUCCACUAUGUGUGAUUUGCCCAAUAAACUGAACAUAAACAAUAAGAAAGGCAUUUUGCGAAACUCCUUUGUCCAUUUUGAUUUUCUUUUGUAGAUGAAGUGAUCGUAGCCAAACCACUGCACACUAUGGGCCCACCUUUUCCAUUGUUUGAAGUGAGUGAAUUACUUUUGUUUUCUUCUUUCGGACGAACUUGUUGAGUUUUAAUAAUUGCUAAUCUGUUGUAUAGUAUCUUACGUUUUGAACUCAUUUCAUUGCAGCUGAAUUCUGCAGAAGAUAACAACACGUUGAUAACCUUGAUAAAUUUCCUUCAAGAUAGACAAAGGCGAAGGCAGACCCUCAUAGAUGAUUUGUCAAGGAAGGGUAAAUCAAUGUGUGAAGUUUUGAUUAUCUGACACUUGAAGUGAACAUCCUUGAUCAGUAUGUGAACCCUUUCCUUGGACUUGUCAUUAAGGGUCACAUCAAUUCCUUUUUCCUUCUUUCUCUUGCAGAGGGAAUUUUCAGGGCUCAUCUCUUAGAAUUAGAAAAGGAAAACAGCCAAGCGAAUGGGGUAAGUAUAUAUUGACGUCGUUUUGAAGUACACCUGCAUGGGUAUACUCAGCAGGUUUUUAUCCAGUUUGCACUUUCCACCGUGAUUUUCGGGACUUCAACAUUCUGUAUUCGUGAUAAGCGCUUACCAAACAAUCUUGCUGGUCUAUCGGCUUGAGCUAAACUCUUUCUUCUCCCAUCGAUUUUUGUCCUUUAGAUUAUUACAAACCUCAAGGCAACGAUUGAAGAGAAAGACAGGUAUUUAAAAGAACAGAUAGACGUAAGUUUUAGGGCUGUUUUUGCGCCAACCAAGGCUUGCGAGAGAGACAGGAAGGUUGAGAGAGCGUGGUCCAAGAAAGAAGUGCCGGGUUUAGUAGUGGUCUAAGCACACCACCUUUUGAUUUAUUUCUAAAUAUUAAAUUUUUUUGUUUACAAAAAGUUGCUUUGUGAAAAAGAGAGAGCUCGCCUGUUGUGUCCCUCUACUAUACUGUAAGACAUUAGCACAGUGAUUUAUCUCUUGAUGUUGGUAGCCUCUUUACUUGCUCCUCGCCACUGGAGGCAAGACGUCUCUCUUCGAAUUUUUUUUUUGCGCUGGAAACGGCGGAGAGCGAUAGGGGUUGCUGUAUUCGCAGCCUACAACUUCGAGGAUAGAUAAAGUUCAGUUGCAUAUAUGUAGGUAACUCUUUUUUUGAUUGUUAUUUCUAGAGACAUACAGAAGCUUGAAAGAAGGUUGAAGGCUCUGUCACAAAAGGUAUAUAUAGUGUGUAUUAUUAAACGGUUUUUAUUUGUAGGUGAUUAUUUUGUGCUAACCUCAGAAGUACCUCAUCAUGUCAUGAUUUUCCUCUCCGUAGAACGAGAUGCUCAUGAAAACAGCUGAGCUGUACGAGCAAGACAAGAAAGAACUUCAGUACGAGGUACAAAGUCUUGUGCAAGAAGCUUAAUGCAUCUGUCAACACGUUAAGGUUUAUUUUGACCGACUCCGCCCGAACACGGGACCACUUCUCAAUGUCCCGGAUGUCGUUUUUUUAUGGUAUAGAGAUUCAGGGUCAUGUUUCUAUUAAAUAACUCAUUGAAAAUUCAAGGACACUAUUUAAUCAGCGUUGAAUUACUAUAAAUAAUAACCAACUGACUAGAGCUGAUUAGCUCUUGUAACCAAAUCAGAUUUGAUUCAAAACGGCUUUCGAGUGCAGGGAAACCAACGUCUUGGCAAUGGCUUCGGUCGGUUGGCAGUGAUGGAGGCGAUGUUAAGCCGAAUCUGGUUUUAACAUACAGUAGAACCCUGGUAACUCGAACUCUGAAGGGAAAACAGUUCGGGUUAGCCGGGGCUCGAUUGUCACUGUUAGUAAUUGACAGUAACUGAUUAUUUGGCAUUUCAGUGCAUAGUGCAGUGCAAAUUUACUUAUUUCAUUAAGAACGGUGACAUGAUUAUGGAUUUUUACGAUAAAACGUGAUCUUUUCGUUGCAUUAGUUAAGACAAGUUUGUGUAGGGUUACUUUUAGGGCGCUUUCUAUUUGUCAGAACUGGCCUGCCAGACCAGUCAGUUACCAAAUGAAAUCGGCUUUCUCCAAACGGGUUUUUGCUGAAAGACCAUCUCGUUCGUGCAUACUACUAAUUUAGGAUUUGACUGAUGUGGCUGGAUAGUUUUGAUUAAAAGUAAAAUUCUUAUAACGACGGGAAUGUUCUGGCCGUUCAUUUCUGACACAUGAAAAGUGCCCUUAGUGUUUCUACCGAUUUUACGAUAAGAGGAGGUAAUGGGACGACUUCCGAGUGGAGUGAAAUUUUGAUCAAGGCAAAGGAAAUUUAGUUCGAGUUAACCGAGUAAAAAUGACUGAAAAUUGAGUGAAAUCCCAGGGAAAUAAGACUUAUAUAGUUCGAGUCAGCGGGCCGGGGAGUUCAAGUUAUCCAGAGUUCGAGUUGUCAAGGUGCCACUGUAUCGUAUUUCAGUUUUACAACUUACUUUUCAUGUCCUAAUAACUUUAAUGAUCUUCUCAUUGCAUUGUUCGAUGAUUACUAAAUUGCUUGUAUGACUCGGAUUCAUAUUUUUUCCAGCUGGAUGAUCAGAAGAAAAGAGCAGACAAAGAAAAAAAUGACAAAGUCAAAAUGAGACAGGUUAGGAUUAUUAGAUGUCAAAUUUGCACAAGCAGCCUCUUAAUUAAGAGAAUUAGAGAGAAUGAAGGCAAUAUUCUUGCUUCAGUUAAUACACGCAUUAUCUGGGCUCCUUUCCCACUAAAGAGCCAACUAAAGGCGACACCCUUUUCUGCGUUAUUGGCAUCAACCUGCGACGCGACAAAUUUUAACGUUUGCCUUUCCUACAAGAAUAAAGAACCAAAAGAAAAAGUGGGUUUACACUGUUUUCAGCUUUCCCUGCUAGCACAGUGUCGAGAGAAAUUUCUUUUUUUUUUCGCCGAUAAUAAACAGAAUAUAACUCUCAUUCAUUUGCUGCGUCAUUUUUGCCUGUCGCCACAUACUACUCUUUAAAAGCUGCUUUUUUAAAACUUGUUUUCUUUUCCUCUCGUAAGGCUUUGAAAGGUGUGGUUUCACAAGAAAAAGACAAAUGGCAGCGAGAAUGUGUAAGUGUGAAGGGUUUGAUUGAUGCGUUUAAGUGUUAAACAGUUAAAAGACCUCCCUGGGUUGGCCGGAUGGGAAUAACACGAAACAAAGGCCGCUCGAGAGAGGAACUUGCCUGAGAGACGGGUCCGGGAAAGGAAAAAGCCUGUUGACAGGUUACAGAGGUAGCCCAGCUAGAGCAUUUGACAAUCAAACAAGUUCACAGGCUGAACCUUAGACAUCAUGUUUGACUUCAAUUUUGUUCUACUCUUCUUAAAAAGAGCUUGUUUAAGGGCUACUGGAAACAGAUAGACUAUAUUUUGUAUACUGUAAUCCUCUCCUUUCUAAUCAUUAUUAUGGGGGAAGUUUUGUUUUAUUUAUCUUAUUCAGUUUUCCGACCCUAUGAAAGGCAGAGCUUCCUUAACAGCCUUUACUAACGCUUUGAAAUGUUUUAUUACAUAGUCCAAACGGGUUAAAGACAAAGAGAUGGAGAUGCAGGCCAAAAUGUGGCAGAAGGAUGAAAAGUUGCGACAGCUCAAGGAGAUCGUUCAGGUAUGCCGCGAACAUGUCUCUCGCAAGCCUGUUACAAGACCCUAGACCUACAAAAAAAGUCCUAAACUGUAUGAAAAUGGUCACAUUAAAUUUAUCCGCUUGACCUACAAUUGUAGGUAGAUACAGAAUGGUUUUUCCAGGCUGAAACAUGACGCUGGCCCGUAGAAUAUGAACAACUUUGGAUCAAACGAUAGGUUUUAAUGUGGCACAGUUGUACUGAAGUAGAAGGAAUAAAAGGCAUGCUAAAGUAUCUUUGUUUUUGAAAUUCCAGUUGAAUGUGUUUGACACUGGAUGUUUUUUGUUUUAUUCCUUCAGAACAUGAAACCAAACGAAAGAACGUUAACUCGUGCCCAGGCCAAAGCAGCAGCUGUACCUCGAUCCAAGUCUCCACCGCCCGUGGCGAGAAAGGUAGUAAAGGUCCCUGGGUUAGAUGGUGUCAUUGACUUGACAGUAGCUUUUAAAAAUAUGGCCUUUACUAUGUAUUCAACCUGAUGCUUAUUUUCCAAGAGUCCUAUACCUCAUUGAAACACACUUCACUCGCUUUAAAGAACUUCUGAGAGGUCGACUUGUAGCAAGUUAGUAAGUCUACUUCCGUUUAGAUAUGAAAUGGGUAAAAUAUCAUUGCUGGUUGGAACAGACUCGACUUGUCGUGUGGGCAUGGUCAAUGGUUUCGUUGGAAAUGUGGCUCAAUCACACAGAUUAUCAUUUAAAGUGUUGGGCUAUAUUUUGUUGUACAGUAAGUGUUGAAUUAUCUUGGUUACAUUUCAGCCACCCAUUAAAUCACGUCAUAGACGGUCAAAAUCAUCGGAUUGCUGGAUAGAACACAAACCCGCCACACACUUAGAAACAGGUACGUCACAUCCACCUGAAGGUAUACUUUUAAAAAUGUUUUCAAUCAACGUGGAAAUUACUUACGGCUGUACGAGCUUUUCUGCGUUUGCGUGCCGCCGUCAUUCUGAUUGGCUCAUUAGAUGCGGUCCACCUCCAGCCUUCUAAAUUUGAUCAGAGUAAUUAACUCGAUUUUGGUUUCACGAAUCGUAUAAAGUACCUGAUUUGUAAAUUGAAAACCCAUCAGCAGACGUUGUUUGUUCUCGCGCCUUAACUGAUAAUACGAGUAUAUCUUUGCUGUAGCUCGGCUGUUAAGGUUGUUAAGGAGAGGAUAAUUUCUUUGCGGUAUUUAUUAUUUACUAUCACCAAUGUCUUGACAGAUACCGUUCUCAAGCCAUCACUCAGGAACAAGAAAACUGUUUAUAGACCAGAUGAGAAGGACUUCAGACAGACUCACGUAAGUUGAUGAUGCGCCUGAGUGUAUUGUGUUCCUCCUAGCCUCCGAACAAGCUCCGGCUCCAUUUGGGGGAGUCUCAAUAAGUCACAUGACGGAACGCGAAAGGAGACGCUAGUCCAAGGGACUCCGUUUCCUCUGCCUCUCAUGAUUUCGUCGCUCGCUUGCUCGCUCGCUUCCUCGGCGUUCUCUCACAGCUCGAUUCGCUCGCCAUAAAUUGCUCACAGGCUGUGUUCCUCCUAACAGACUUGGCUACAUGUACUGUUUUUCUUUUUUCAACAUGCAGGCCACAAACUAUGUUUUGGCUCAUCAGGAGGAAGAUUCCGCUGGUGAAAUAGAGACCAAGUUAAUCAAAGUGAGUCCAAAAUUGUUUAUCCUCUUGUUGCAUUUAAUUGUUAGCAUGUGACUUCAAACGUUGGUUUUGAAUGGGCAUCACUGUAAGCGAACCGUCACCGGAUGCAGUAGAACAGUUAUGACGGAGUUGAUUCUAAAGGACUGUAUCCUAGUUCCGAAAAAGAAAAUUGUUGUCUUGAGUUCACGUCCUCCAUGAAACGUAAGACCAGGACGUUUCAAGUCGUAAUCGUGCAACAACGGCAAUUAAACUUACAAAGAAUUGUGAUGUACGUGCAAUGUUGUUGCAUUGCUUAUCGGAACCUAUUGCUUUUUCGCCGUUCUCAUGGUCGUCGCCAUCGUCGUUGCUUAAGCUCCCUACUGUGAGAUUAGGAAGCUCGCCUUCUAUUUCUGUUAAGGAUAAUUCAAGUUUGAUGCGAUUGGCAGGGCGACGUUUUCCAAACAGUGGGAGGAGGUCACUCUAUUCAGUUUACAGAAGUUGAAACUCUGAAAACAAGAUCUGAUGAACUUACAAGUCCUGGAAGGUUUGUACUAGUCGUUACAAAGUCUGGCUGCUGUAUUUGUAACACCUUUUGGUAGUGAUUACAUUGAACACUUUUUCUCACUAGAGUGGCCAAUUUGAAAAGUAUACAAAAAUUCCCAAUUGAAUUUGGUAAAAUAUUGAAAUAGUACUAUUAAAGAGGUUAGGAUGGCGGGCACUGCAGCAUUUCAUCCACAGACUCAACAGGUAAAACUUCCUUACAACUGGACUUCCUCCAUCAUUCGUCACUCAGGGAGUGGAAGAGUGAGGAAAUUUCCCGUGCUGUCAUUGAUCAAGUCUUCUGCACACAGCAGGAUAGAAAUUGGUGUUAUACUGUAUUAAUCUUAGAGCUUCAUGCCUCACAAAGUUCUUAGAACUUGAGCUACAAGAUGAACACUGUAUCGAUACCAAAAUCUAGAUACACUCUGAGAGCAUCAAAUAUGAUUCUAUGUGAUUGUCUUGUAAUUCCCACUGUCUGUUUGAAUACUACAGGAAAAGGCGAGCGUCUGAUUCAAUCGAUGAUGAUAGCCGCUCCAGUUGGACGGAUGUAGAAACCAGGGUAAGCACGAGUUCCAUAUAAUUCUUCACCACCUGACUAUAAUUGGUGUUGCCGGAUUUGUGACUGUUUCAUUAAGCCUCCUUCAUGCACUAACGUUUGUUUCAAGGAGUUGUUUGUCACUCCAACUCGCUCUCAAGAAGGCGUGGCCGGCUACUCAAAUCUUGAUAUUGUUUGUCCUUGUAUCUAUUUUUGAACCCCAAAGUAGCCUUGAAGUGUUUGUUUCUUCCUUGUAACCUUGGGGUCCCUUAGCCCUUGGGCAUUGGCGCAUUCAGAAUUUCUGUACUCAACCCUACUGAUAAGCUGUACUUUUUUUGUACUUCCAGUGUUCCACAGCGAUCGAAGGCCGACCAGGAAUGGGCCCCAGUUACAGCCACACUGCAUCUAAGUACGUACUAUUUAGCAAUUAUUCCUCGAGCCCGGAUGGGCCUUCGGCCUCAUGGACUAUUGACUCAGAGGCCAUGAGGGCGAGAGGAAUAAUUGUUUUAGUAAAAUCCAACUAGUUGGUCAAAAAUAUCGAGAAUAGAAAAUUUUAGCUAGUUAAAGCUGGACUUUAAUCCCUUUUUGCCGCCAAAAGCCCGUGCUUUUCGCUACUAGUGGGCUAUAACAUAUAGCCUAGUAGUAGCUCAACCAAUCAGAACGCAGCAUUCAUAAUAGACCAGUAGUUGGAUUUUACUAAUAUAUAAUAGCAAAGUUGCUUCAACUUGCGCGCAGGGGUAACGUUUGAAAAAGUGAAAAUACUACUUGUGGAAGAAUUAAGUGACCAGUUUUUCUUCACGUUAUUUAUGCCAAUACCUUCUUUGUUUGUCUUACCUUAGAGUGUCUUAUGUUUCCAGUGUGAAUCAUGCCUUUCAAGGCUCCUCCCUACGUUUAUAG